AUGGGAUACAGAGUAGCACAUUUGCCUAGAAAUCUCGGCUCAGUGCGCAACCACCAGCGGGAGGAGAAAAGGUUGCGUGCCUCGCGUCCUCUGUCAUUUCUGCUGCUUUCGCAUCUUGUGGACUUGGUGACCUUUUAUUCAUGCUUAUUGUGUGAUAAGAAAAUGAGUGAAGAAGUAUGUGAGAACUCAGCGAUCACAGGAUACACUGGUAGUGACCCAGAAGACUGUGACUUUGUCGAAGCUGACAUUGGCGAUGAUAGUGAUACUGGUGAAGACUGCUUCUAUAAUGGGGAUGAACCUAGCACUGCUGAAAUCACUGAAGUCCCCUCUCUCCUGGAGACAGAAGCCAGCCCAACCCCAGAAGUGAGGACUGAACCCAUUCUUACCCCAGAAACAAGCAGAGAUGAGG